GGCAGCUCAUCAAAUGAGUGUCAUCCUAUCCAUUACCAAGAACCAUUCUGAACCAUUUGUUUGGGAUAUGUGAGGGAAAAUAGGUCUCAGACUUUCCCACACUGCAGAAAACAAAGCCCCACACGGGGAAGCCACACAGAUUCCCUCUCACCAUUCUUCUCAUUUUCCUCUGGCUUUAUACAGAAAAUUUUCAAAGUGCACCUUUCUUUGGGACAGAAUGUGCUCUGCAACCCUCUGCGCCUAUGCUGAGGAAUGCCAUGCCCAUAGCAGGAAAUGUGUGCAACUUCUACAGGGUCUCCACCACAGCUGUGAGUGCAGCAUGACUCCUGCCAUCAGACUCUAGCACUUGUUGCCAGCAGCUCAUUAACAGUGCCUACCCCUACCUACCAGCUGGCAAAACCAUGGUGACUGCACUGACUGACCAGGGCCAGAGCACUGCCUCAGCACUCUCCUAUCCAGGUGUUCUCCAGUGGGAUCCCACAGGAAGAACUAACAGGAGGGAAACUGCACUCGGGACUUUACUAUAACUGUCAUUGACCACAAUACCACAUUCUCCUCCUUCUCUAGGACAGUCCAGGGUGAUAAUAUUUUAGAUUCCAAUGCCAUAGUCUUCUCCUAUCCAGCCUUGUUCAGGCCACACCACCACAGUUGCCAAAUCAAGGAUACAGCAUGGCACCUUCCUCCCAAGAAGGCGGCCAGGUCUAUUACUAUGACCUGAAUAGCCUGCGCCCUCAGAUGGCUAGAGAACUCGGGCAGUGCCUGCAGGCCUGUGGCUCUGUGUCCUCCUCUGGUGGUCAGGCCUCUGCCCUGCAACCAGUGAUGGUGAUGAUGCCAAAGGAGAUUCAGUCAAUGAAUGUCCAAACACCCUUCUCCACCUCUGCCAUCUACUAUCCCACACCUGCUCAAGAAAUGCCAGACACCAGUCUUCAAGUGGUGAAAAUGGAGACGGCCCUGGGAUUGACAGCUGCAGGCCAGACACUCUGUCUGCUGCAGAGUCCAGACCUCUGCAAUGCCUGCACACAGGAUGUCCAGAAGUCACCACCUGUCCAUGGGGACUGGUCAUUAACUGCCCCCAUAGACAGUCCUUCAGAAUUCCUGCCCUAGCCUCCUGCUCCAAUCUUGGAACAAACAGACAAUAAUGACUUGGAUUUGAUGACAGAUGAUCUAUCAACUCCUCUGGAUGCCUAUGAGGGCAUAAAAGAAAACCAAGACCCAUCACUUCUUCCUUUAGCACAUGCCAACAUGCAGCAGGCCCUGAACUACACUGAUUCAGGGAUCCUAAAACAGAAGCUUUCUCCUGAUAAUGCCACCUUGGGAAGCAGCAGCCUUGGUCAGGAUGAGCCUGGGGUGAUGCAGAGUGUGAUGGGCUCCAGCAUGGACUUUGCAGACAUGACUACACUGGUGGGAGAUAUUCACCUUCCCCGACUCUUCAACUCAAUCACUGAUAGGAACCCAUUCCAAGAUCCCACAGCAACCCAAUCCAAAGAUAUCAGCAGGGAUCAGGUCCAGGAAAGCUCCAGCAACAUCAGUGAACCCGUGCACCAAGUGAGAUAGAAUGGCCAGAAAGCCUCUGAGAUGUUAGAUGGGUCUCCUCAGGCCAGAAUCUAGCUCCAGGACCGGGUGAAGGAAGAAGAGGCUGUGGGUAGUGCUGGGUCCAGUGAAGGGACUAUUGACAACAUGCCUAAGAACUUGGAUGACAAAGCCCAGAAAGCCACACCCAGCAUGCCCAGCAGAGCAAGGGCUCAGGGGCAAGACAAGACCAAGAGAUCCAGAGAAAACAACUGCAAGAAAACAGAGGAGCUCAAGCAGUCAAGGAACAGAGUCAAGGCAGAC